AUGGGUCGCUGGACAGACAUGGACAGUGACGCCGAGCGCCUCCCCUCGGGCUUCGAGCGCAUAGGCUACGACGCCGACACCCAAACCUACACCUUCCGCGACGCAUCCGGCCGCAUCUACGAAUCUGAGCCCGGAAACCGAUACGGCGAGCUGCGUGCAACGGGCGAGCACUCGCAGCCCCCGUCCGACGAGCAACGACGCAAGCAGGAUGAGAUGAUAGAAGAGGGCAAUAGAAGCGCUGUGCGUAUGAUGUUGCCGUUUGCGCUGCUGGUGCUGGUGUUUUUGUUCCUGGUGUUCAAGCUUGUGAAUAGGAGUGAUGGGCCUGAUACCGUUGUUGCUGGCUGUGGGGAUGGGGAGCGCCAGUUGCGAGUCGAGAGGGGUGAUACGUGUUGGGCGAUUGCGGAGGCGAAUGGGUUGAGUGUUGAUGGUUUGUUGGGGUUACGAGGGAAUCAGGGUGUGGAUUGUGGGAAUCUCAGGAUAGGGCAGAGCAUCUGCGUACCGACGUUGAAGUGA